UUCUUUUGUAGGUGUUACGAAACGCCGCUGAAAAUGAAUCGGCAGAUACUGAAAAAUGUGUCAAAGUUGUCAUGGCUGGUUUUACAGAUACGACCACGCUCUAGUGCCGCUUUUAAUUCGAUGUUGCUUUUCGUGCCUCAACAAGAAGCGUGGGUAAUAGAGCGGAUGGGCAGAUUUCAUCGUGUGCUGGAGCCAGGUUUCAAUCUGCUAAUGCCGAUCAUCGAUAAAAUCGCGUACAUUCAAAGUCUGAAAGAGUUAGCGAUUGAAAUUCCGCAGCAAAGUGCCAUUACUGUCGAUAAUGUCGCUCUACAGAUUGACGGUGUUUUGUAUUUGAAAGUCAUCGACCCGUUCAAGGCAUCCUACGGCGUAGAAGAUGCAGAGUUUGCAGUUACGCAACUUGCACAGACUACUAUGAGGUCUGAAGUCGGGAAGAUAACCUUGGAUACAGUAUUUAGGGAGCGGGAGCUUUUGAAUGAAAGCAUCGUUGGUAAGCUACAAUGUAACACGUUACGUAGGAGUAUGUUCCCGUGCUUGUUCUAAAC